GAGGAGAGCAAAGAAAAGACAAGAGAACGGGGCAGGUUUGGGGGAAGGACCCGCGCAAGAGAGGGACAGAGAGGGGCAAACAGAGAGAAACACUACCGGAGCAAAGCCAAGAGAAAGGGGAGGGAGCAGGCGUUACCUUAUCCCGGGAAGCUAGUGAGCACUGUGCAAGAGGGAACUUGUGGGAAAGUAAACAGCAAAGGAGAAUUCAAUCUGUGCCCGGUCACUCGCAGCAGCCCUCGCUGGAAACUAUGAAGAUGAGUAGGCUGUAGCCGGCGGUGUGAUAACACGGGCCGCAGAGUUUAUGGGAGGAUUAAAGGGUCACCAGGGAGUUCCUGAAGCUUCUGCGAGGACAGCCUAAGGACAAGGAGUGAUCAUGUCGACUGUGAUGUCUGAGCAGCCCCAGAAGGAAGAUGAUGGAGAGGAAGAGGAGGAGGAUGAAAAGCAGGGCGAAGAAUUUGUGUUUGACAACACCUCGGAGGAGGAGAACCACACAGAGGAGGCCAAAAGAAAAACAGGAGAUACUGAAUUCUCAUCGAAAAUGGAAAAUAAUGAGACAUCAAAGUGCAAUUCGCAAACGCACUUGGAAAAUAACAUUAAAGAAGUUUGCAAUGCUGUUUCUCCUGCAGGACAGGAGGGGGCACCAGUGAAAGAUGUAGCAACCAUUCCAGUUUCAGAUGUUCCAGUUAGUGAGUCACCCAGCUGGGACACACCAAAUGUUGAAUCUCACAGUGCAGCAGAGCCUUGUCCAGGGGAAGAGCUCGAAGGACAUCCCGUGGUAAAAACUCCUCAAGCAGAAGACCACUGUAACAACGGCAGCCACGAAAUCACCAGCUCGGGGGACAUCUCUGAAGCAGCAGCAUGUGAGACUGCAGAGGUGAUCUAUGAUGAUGUUCCAAAUGAGGACCCCCUCUCUCCUGACGAAGAUAUGAUCUAUGAAGAUGUUCAAAGUAACAUCGGGAGAGUGACUGCAGACAAUGGAUGGAGCUCCAGUGAAUUUGAAAGCUACGAUGAACAGUCCGAUAACGAGAGCAAACAGCCAACACGAAGCAAGCUCUCCCCCGAUGUGCGCCGACUGAGGGAGCGCUGUGCCCGGACCAAACGCGAACUAGCUACGAGGCUAGCCAGCAAGCAGAACUAUGACAUCAAGGUCCAACAGCUCAUGAAGGCGGCUAGAAGCGGGACCAAGGAUGGACUUGAGAAAACCAAAAUAGCCGUCAUGCGGAAAGUUUCCUUCCUUCACAGAAAAGAUCAAUUUGAAGAGGAAGAUGAUGCAGGAUAUCUGGAUGUGGCAAUGUCCGAGGUGAAACAUGCCCCUCCACAGCUGAGCCCAAUGCCAGAAGGGCUCACCAGCCAUCAGGUUGUCAGGCGCCAUAUCCUCAGCUCCAUCAUUCAGAGCGAACGUAGCUACCUAGAGUCUCUGCGAAGGAUCUCACAGGAAUACCACCGGCCCUUGUUGGAGGCUGACCCCCGCAUCAUCAGCUCUCGGAAGAUCCGGCCCAUAUUUUACCGAAUCCGAGAGCUCACACAGUGCCACUCCAUGUUUCAAAUCGCACUGACGUCACGAGUGGCUGAGUGGGACAGCAGCGAGAAGAUCGGGGAUCUAUUUGUUGCAUCAUUUUCCAAAUCCAUGGUGUUGGACGUAUACAGUGAUUAUGUGAACAAUUUUACCAAUGCCAUGGCUCUGAUUAAAAAGGCCUGCAUGUCCAAGCCGGCGUUCCUGGAAUUCCUAAAGAAAAAGCAGGCGUCCAGUGUCGACCGAAUCACUCUGUAUGGCUUGAUGGUCAAACCCAUUCAAAGAUUUCCUCAGUUCAUAUUACUUCUUCAGGACAUGCUGAAGAACACACCAAAGGGCCAUGUUGAUCGCCUCCCGCUACAACUGGCUCUGACCGAGCUGGAAGCGCUGGCUGAGAAACUGAAUGAACAGAAACGCGUGGCCGACCAGAUUGCCGAGACUCAACAGCUCGCCCGCAGCGUCGGUGAUCGGCUGCUCAGUAAGCAACUGAACUCCAAACAGGGGUCACUGGUUCUUUGUGAAGCGCUUAUUGAGACUGUGUAUGGUGAGCGGGGACAAGUACUCAAGUCGAAGGAGAGAAAAGUCUUUCUCUUUGAUGAUGUCCUCAUCUGUGCAAACAUAAAUGUCAAGGGGCCUCCUGAUAUCAGCAGCUUGGUCCCAGUUGGCCCCAAGUACACUAUGAAGUGGAGUGCCCCAUUACAACAGGUGCAAGUGGUCGAAGUGGGCCAGGAGGGUUCUCAAAGCAAAGACAUCUUCUCCUUCCGGCCGAGUGGAGCUAAACGGUCGAACAGCUCCAUGUGCUCUUCAGGUAAGGCUCUCCUGGGACCCCCGCGGCUCUACCAGGAACUUCAGGAACUUCAGCACGACCUCUCUGUUGUUGAGGAAGUUACUCUUCUAGUGGGUACACUACAGGGCACCUACCAGAAUCUGAACACGACUGUGGCCCAGGACUGGUGUCUGGCCCUGCAGAGACUUAUCCGCAUCAAAGAAGAACAGAUCCAGUGUGCUAAUAAAUGUCGCUUGCGCUUGCAGGUGCCCGGCAGGCCAGACAAGUCAGGGCGCCCUGUUAGCUUCAUGGUGGUGUUCAACACUCCAAACCCUCUGAGUAAGAUCUCCUGGGUCAACCGUCUGCACUUGGCCAAGAUCGCACUGCGGGAGGAGAACACACCGGGCUGGUUAUGUGGAGAGGAUGAAGGGAAAACAAUGUCGCCAUUUUGGUAUCCACUUUUGACCUGUCACAUGCCUGUAUUUGCAACAAAGUCACCAGAAAGACAGCUGGGAGCUGCCCUCCACCACCCUGUUCACUGCGCAUUGUUGGGCUUCUCUGCAGCGAGCACCUCCUUACCUCAGGGCUACCUCUGGGUCGCUGGUGGAGGCGAGGCAUCGCAGGGGCAGAUAGAGAUCUUUUCUCUCAACAGGCCUGUGCCCAGGGCAGUCAAGAGCCUGCAGCUGGGUGCGGCCGUGCGCUGUCUGGAGUAUGUACCUGAGCUCUGUACCAAUGAGGACGAGGCUACACUUCCCAAGUCUCCCACCGGGAGCAGCUCCAACAUUUGUGUUGGUUUGGACGAUGGGCGUGUUGUGGUGUAUGGCAGCAUGGACACUACAGCACAGUGUGUAUUGACCCUUCAUGACCCAGAGGGCUGCCCAGUGCUGUGCCUCAAGCACUCCUCUCUGUUCCUGUUUGCUGGCCUGAGGAACGGCACCAUCAAGGUUUAUAGAAGGAACCACAGUGAUGACCUUUGGGAGACAGAGCCAUGCCGGUCGGUGAGUUUGGGAUCAGAGCCGGUACAGACACUGCUGGUGCUGGAUGAAAAUGUGUGGGCGAGCAGUGGGAAUACCGUCACAGUCAUGAACUCCUCCAACUUCAGUCUCCAGAGGUUUGAAGUGCACCCUGACCCGAUGGUGAGUGUGGCCCACAUGGUGCAGGUGGGCGGGGGUGUGUGGAUGGCGUUUUCUGAAGGCUCUUCCAUUCGCCUCUUUCACACCGAGACGCUGGAGCUUCUGCAGGAAAUCAAUAUCUCCAUGCGCUCUACACUGCUCAACACUGGCCAAAAGAUGCGAGUCACAAGCCUGCUUAUUUGCCAGGGUCUCUUAUGGGUGGGCACUGCUCAAGGUCUAAUUGUCACUCUACCUGUUCCCAAAUUGGAGGGCAUCCCCAAAAUAACAGGAAAAGGGAUGAUUUCUCUGAAUGCGCACUGUGGGCCUGUGGACUUCCUGGUGUCGGCUUGCAGCUCCCUGUCUCCUGAGCUGCUGAAGAGGGACUCCUGGUGUGACGGGCCAGACUCUGCGUGUGGAGGAGACGAGCGCACUGACUCGUCUUCUCAAGAGUCGCUCCAGCAGGCCUCUUCAAACCAGGGAGAAGCCAAAGGUAGGGGCCGUGGCGUGCUCCUCCAGUACAGGCUGCGCUCCACUUCAGGGUUGCCCGGACGACCAUUAACAGCUCAGGGUGACGAGGUGUCCCAGUCGUCCCUGGAGUCUCUGGAGCACAGUGUAGAGGACGGCUCUAUCUACGAGCUGAGUGAUGACCCCGAGAUGUGGGUGCGAGGACGCCCCUCUGAACGGGACGGGGGGCGCAGGGACCGUGUCAGCUCUGUGGCUGUGCUCUCUGGAGGGAGGGGCUUCCGCAGACUGAAGGAGAGAGGCACAAACAGGACAGGUGCCGAGAGUGCAGAGAAUGUCCUCAUGGUCUGGCAGCUCCCACUUACUGUCUAAUGGUGUUAUACAUGUAUUUAUAGAUGUACGCAAUGGUACGCAAACUCAAGGGAUUUUAAUAAUAUAAUGAGAGUCAGGUGAUGCAGGUCAAGAAUGCAUAAUUUAGUCCUACUCUACACUGUCUACAGUAAUAACUUACAAUAAUAAGAUCUGAUUGUACAGUAUGUGGUCCAUCCAGCCUUAAAGGUGGAGUAACCAUUGGUUCACUGCUUGGAAUGCAGUGCACACUUAGUAUGAUGUACAGCAAUUAUUUCCCAGUAAUCCCACAUUGAUAGUAGGCUUUGUGAGAUUCACAUACCCAAACAAUUAGGUUUUCAGUAAUGUAAUUGUUUUUAGUUGUUUUUAUUUUUGUUAUUCCAGCUCAUCUCAUUGCACAUUGCACACUGGUGUUGACUAAUCUUAUUGUUUUGCCUUAUUUUCUAAUUAAAAAACACAUUAGCUAGCUAAGCAUUAAUGAGGAGAUAGUUUAAGUGUGCAGUGGAUUAGAAUGGCUUACUCUGCCUUUAAAGACUGAUGCUUGCGUUUAACCUCAUCAUCACGGCGUGUGCUCUGCCACAUCCAUUUAAAGUGAAGCUCUUUUGUGUGCGCGCCUGCUCAUGGCACAGCUUAAAGAUGCAGUCUUUGUUGGAUGUGCCAUGCUCUGCAGACUUGGAGAUGGACGCCUUUUAUCUGAUCCUGUGGGAGAGAUCCCAUCUGUUUAGAGCUGAGAGCCUGGGACUACCGCCGCAUAACAAAGCACAUCACUAUAUUAGCUCUGCCAGCCAUUCCCAUGUCCCUUAUAAUGUGAAUGUACAACACCUUCCAUUGUGGCUCAAAAUGGACUCUUUUUAGUCUUUUCAAAACAAGGUAACAACUUCAGUAGGACUGUCCCAGUGGUAGAAAUGCCUUUUGCUUACUGCCUUAUGUCACAUUGGAACAAAAUGACUCUAAAACUAAAGCCAAAACACAUGAAAUGAUGAGGUCAAGGAGUCAGUGGGCUUGAAACAAAACAAACCUAUACACACCUCUACAUGCACUUAAAUGAAAUGUCUCCUGUUCAGUAAUUAUCAGACUUGUAAACAACAUCACAAUCUGAGACACAGAAGAAAACAGACAAUGAAAGCACUAUUCAAAACAAUAAUAAUAACCUGAAAAUGUCUUAAUUAUGUUGAGAUUCACUAUACAAUUAUUUCUAAUCUUUAUCCAUACAAUAAAUAGGAUGCUGGCACAUGUCAAUGAAUUUAAAUGUCUUGGAAAACCUCCUUUAUUUUAAAGGUUUACUAUAUAACUUUUCUGGUCUCCGUGGAUAUAUUACUAUGUUGUUGGAAAUGUUCCACAGUGCGGUAUUAAACAUAUCUAUUUUACAUUAGUAUUUGUGAAAAACUCACUGUGACCAGGGUUGUCUUUCCACCAGAUCUGACAUGCAACUUGGCCUGAUAACAUCACCUGUUUUUCUCGAUGGAGAUAAUUAAAUAUAACACCAUACUAUGGAACUUUCCAGACAAAGCAAUAACAUAUCCAUGGAGUCAUGUAGGUAUCAAAGUUACAUAGGGAACCUUUAACUAAUUGCUAUAGUGAAAUCUGAUCACAAGAAAUCAAGUUGCUCAAGCCUGGAUAAAUGAGAGUAAAUGGCUGGAAUAAUGUAGCUUAUUGAUAUACAUAAUUGGAAUUAACAGAGCAUGUAAUUAUUGGUAACUGUCAGCAUUAUUUGAAAAAGGAAUGUUUUUAUUUGGAGCUUUCUUCUGAAGAUUCUGUGUUUUUAUGUGGGAAAAAUAUUUAUUAAAAUUCAACCAUUUUUACUAACAAACUGUUGUGCAUAAACUGAAAUAAUAACUUGCCACACACAGCAUUGAUGGGUUUUGCUCUGCUCUUUACAAACUAAUAGCAUGAGCAGCCU